CCUUUGGGCGUUUGUAAUUAACUUGCUUGAAUGGCUAUGGAGGAACCGACUAAAGGGUUUCUGCCUGAGUUAUCCCGAUCGAUCGACAGACCUGGUAUUGGAGAAAUGGGGAGAGAGAGAAAGAGGGAUUUGAUGCCUCUGAAGUUGCUAAAGAUGCAUUAUAAUGGCCGAGGGGGUUGUUCCAAUGGCUGCUGGGAUGUUCUCCUUCUGUUAUUUUG